AUGCACACCCUUCACGGUACUUUCAUUCGCGAGUGCAUCGUCACGCACGUCAUCGACGGCAAGACGCUUCGCGUUCUUCUCAAUCCAGACACUGGUCAACAGCGCUCUGCGAGUGGGAAUGGGUGGGAGAGCUCUCUCGUCGUCGGCAGCGAGCCCGUCCCGCGCGCGCUGAACCCCGACCAGCUCGAGACGACGCAAGACGACCCUUCAACGUGGGAACGUGUUGAUGUGCGACUGAUCUACGUCGAUACCGAGGAGUGGAACGAUCCGAAGAAGGAGGACGUCGCGUACAAGCCCGUCACGCCCGCCGGCGAAGAAGCGUUUGAGUACUUGAAGAAGCGGCUGGGCGCGGGAAGCGAUGGACGAUGCGCCAACGUCGUCGUGGACCUUGAAUUCGACAGUUUAGAGUACAUGACAUCCAUCUCGCGCGCUCGCGAGACGUCGAUGGACAAGUACGGUCGCGUUUUGGCGUACGUCUACCAGAACGGCGUGAACGUAAACGUCGAUGUCACGCUCGCCGGUCAGUCGGCGUACUUCACCAAGUACGGACGCUCUCGUCUCUACCACGGCGAAUUUCAGCUCGCCGAGAAGCUGGCUCAGGAGAACUUGCGAGGGAUCUGGGAUCCGGCACGAGCGUCCCUGUGGAGCUUCGGAAUGCUCGAGUACACGAGAGACUAUCGGCGUCUGAUCACGUGGUGGAAGAUGCGCGAGCUGUUCGUGGAGGAUUGGAGACACUGGAAACAUCUGGGCAUCGUCGACCACAUUUUGGAUCCGAGAGACUUUUGUGAUUACAAGAAGAUUGUCGCUGCCGCGCACGCGCGCGAGCGCCGCACGAUUCUGCUCGAUUUACAGCCGACAAUGGCCAAUCUCUUCGACGGCGUGAUGCAACUCGUUCGAUACAGCUCUGGCCAAGGCAUGGUCAUCUUCGGCGGCUCCAAGCGUUUUCCGUUCAACCUGUGGAUGGACGACGCGAAUUCCACUGAGAGCGGCAGAGUUCAAACCUUGCUCCACUCUCGGUACGCGAACCAUCGACGAAACUACUGCUUCGUCACCGGAAAUCUCUUCGUCUUCCACACAAAGCAGCGCCCGCAAAUGUUGAUCGAGUCGUGCGAGCAAAUCUCGGAUUUCCCGCUGCGACCUGACGAGAUGUCCCAACGACUCCGCGAGCAUCACCGAUCGCGAGAUCAAGUCAUCAAAUCGUCCGCGGCGUGA